UUCUCGGAAGGGUUUCCCUUAGUGAGUCACACGCAUCACAGUCGUUUUUUUCGUAUUUUAUUUUACUGCGAGAUUUGAACGUUUUUGUGAGUUCGUUAAUAAAAGUGAUCGGUAACUGCCGUGCCGUGUUUCACCAAUAGCAGUUUAUAUUUAUUCGCCAAUUACAGCUGUUGAAUAAACACUGGACGAAGGCUAACAACGUGCAUUGUCAAUUCUGUUCAUAACAAACAGCACCGCGUGCUCGGCUCAGCGCAAUAGUAAAACUCAUGAAAAUGGACUAUAGCGAUGGACUUUCGACGAACUCGGAUUUUUCGAGCGACAGCCAAAACUCGCAAACGUCCAGCGAUUUUCUCACGUCUUCUGGGAAUGGACUACAAAUUAAUGCGGCAUCAUUCAUAACUCUCGAAGGGCUAAAUUCAGGAGUACCAACCAGAACUACACCCACACUAACACCAACAACAUUACGAAAUAUCGAACAAACCUUCAUCGAACUACAAAGUAAGCCUGAAAGUCACGAGAAUGAAGCAGGUUUUGUACCCCCACUCGUUCACGCUAUAGGUAAUAACCAGUAUAUUCCCGCAUCCGAAAUUGAUAUAUACUCGAAAUCGUCAAUUUGGAGCAACUCUCAGGCGAGCACAGACUUAGACUCGAGACCCGGAUCACCGGUCACACCGCCGAAGAGUGGACAACAAAGUGAGCAUACUCGUCGCAAUAUGGGAGGACGCAAACCCGUUAAAGAUUUAAAUUUGACACCCGAAGAAGAAGAACGUCGACGAGUACGGCGCGAACGAAACAAAAUGGCAGCAGCCCGUUGUCGUAAACGCCGAGUCGACCAUACCAAUGCAUUACUAAAUGAAACAGACGGGUUAGAACAGAAGAAGUUGGCAAUGCAAAACGAAUUACAAGAAUUACAGGCGAUCAAAGAAGAACUCGAAUUCUUACUGGAUUCCCAUCGCACCUCUCACUGCUGUCGUCUACAAAACGGCCAACAAAAUGACAACCCACCAAGUCCGCCCGACAUCAAACCGUUCGUCAUACCACCCUACCAUCAGAAAGUCUCGACGGAACGCGUCAAAACCGAAAUAAUCGACACCUCCUGUAUAGAGAUCGACGCCGACAUGUUUCCAUUCCCCGCCAAGAAAGUAAUGUUAAGUUCAACCGCACUACCACUAGUUAAACCGAGCAGACCGAGCUCAUUAAACGUCUGUAGUGUGAAAAGUAGCGUGUCGGAACUCGCCGGUAUAUCGAUAACGACGCCCUCUAGCGGCAUGCAGUUCAAUUUUGACUCGCUUAUGGUCGGCGGUACCGGUCUAACACCGAUAUCGGCGCCCCUCGUCCCUUCCUGCAGUACGCAACAACGAAAUAUACCGACCACUCACGCGGAUAUAAGUUCGCCGGACACGUGUGGCCCCCCCAAGUUAGUAAGCUUAUAAAAUUAUUUACUGCAGCUUGUUUACAGAAUUAUUACGUAAUUGUAGAAAGUGAUUAACCAUAGAGUGGACAAGUUGCAGAUGUUAAUUCCAUCAAAGGUGGGUCAGUCAAAUAAUUUACUGUGUUACCGUCAAUUUGUAAAUAGUUAUUCCCUCGACCCUGCACAAAAGAAAAAUUUUCUGCGAUAUCAAUCACCGUGUUUAGUGCAAUUUAACCAAAUUUGUAGUCUUUAAUUUUGUACAAGCGGCACUAAACGCGGAGUCAAAAAAGUUUAUAUAUAAAGUGCUCAAAAACUUGCUAUUUUUGCUAUGCUGCGUGCGGAUAUAUUUUUUAUUUUUUCUUUGCUACCAGGAAAAUGCCUUUUUGUAAAAAUAUUAAAACCAUUUUUUCACUUAUACAAAAUAUUCCCUCCAUACAUAGUAAGUUUUAUCUAUAUUUUGUAAUGGGACGCGGUUCCCGUUGUUUAAGUCAAAACAUAAGCGAUUUGUGUUAUUAUUAUUAAGUGUAAUAGAUAAUAUAUUGAUUUAGAUAUGACAAAGCAAUAUUAGAUUUAUAUUAUUUAUAUAAUAUACAUACCUAUAUUAAAAAAUACGAUUUUUGUCAAUUUUAUAUUGGUAGUUUGUCAAGAGUUUUGUAUUAAUAUUAUUAUGCCUUAGUAUAAUGCUACUACGACAUUAUAAAAAAUAAAUUUAUAAAUUUGC